UCUAAUCUGUCUUCAGGUGGUUUAAAUUUGUUUGGUGUUUUGAGAAGCAGCAGAAGAUUAAGAAAUUGGAGAGCAAGUUCCAGCCACAGACCUCACUUUAUGUGAAAUUCCCUACCCAGCUGUCAGACUCUGAUCUGAUGUGUGACACAAAUUCCAGCAGCAGUUAAAAAUAGCAGAUGCAGUCAGGAUCACAGAAUGGCUGCAAAGUCCGAUCUGUUUAUGCGCUUCCACCACAUCCACGGAACUAAUGUGAUACUGGAUAAUUCUCAGACCCAGGCUACCAGGGCACAGAGCUUCGGAAAUGGAGUUUGUUUCAGUAAAGAACCAUUGGACCCUGGCAAGAUCUUCCUUGUAGAAAUUGAAGAGAAAGAGUUAGGAUGGUGUGGAAAUGUAAGGAUCGGUUUGACGGCACAUGAUCCAAGAAAUCUAGAAUCUGUUCCUGAGUACUCCCUCCCUGAUCUGGUGAACUUGGGGAACAGCUGGAUUUUUGCAAUAACAAGAAAUCACAAUAAGGUUUCUACUGAUGGCCAUGAGUUGAAUACUGCUCCAAUAUCACACUGUACUAUGGAGGCUUUCCUGCAGAUUGGAAAUUAUAAGGUCCCCAAGGAGAAACUGGUGGGAAGAAGCCGGCCAGGAAGGUACAGUCACAUCUUAGAUCAAUUGUACAGGUCAAAUAUUCUUCCGGCAACUGCCAGAGGAAGCAGAGUUGGGGUUUUGUAUAUCAUUCGUGGUAACAUGGGGGAUAUGCAUAUUGUCAUCAAUGGUGAGGACAUGGGUCCAUGUGCCAGAGGAAUUCCCAUAAAUCAGCCUCUCUAUGCUGUUGUAGAUGUGUUUGCCUCCACCAAGUCUGUAAGGAUUAUUCAAGUGGAUUAUGGUUUUCCAUCUCUACAGACUCUGUGUCGACAGGUUGUACAGAAGCACAUAAUGCACAGACUUGCUAUAGACUGGCUGGACCUACCAGCACUGUUAAAGAAUUACUGCAAAUAUGAAUGAGGCAGUGGUGUUGGGAAAAGCUUUUGAUCAUGUCUCUUGAUGGAUACAGUAAAUCAGACGGUUUUCUGCAUACCAUUAUGUCAUCAUCCAUACUACUUUUUCUUUCCCGGUUUCUUAUUAAGUCCACGAAUUGUUGUUAACUGCAGACCCAGAUUUAUUGGAAUGUAAAACAUAAGUAUUUUAAGUUAUUAACCUAUUAUGAACUUUAAGGUGGUAUUGAAAUAUACAUCCUCACUUCCUGUAAUGUGUUCUAUUGACGUUCAUAUAGGAGUACUAUCAGCAGUAAAAACAAUGUUCCCCAUAUCUCUGUCUCUGUUUCUAUCUCACUCCUGCUCCCCUCUUCUGCCUUCAUAUGACACAAAGGUUGGGAUUUAACUGAGUUAAUACAUUGAGUGAUUUGGUGCCCUUUUGUUUUUUUCAAACAUAAUCUCUAUCUUGUUUCCCAUUAGCUGUUCAUUUUGCUGUUUCAAGUAUAACAAUCUUAUUUUUACUUGCAGUGAUUUUUCAGCUAUCCAUCGCCUAUAGGUCUGAAAGACGGAUAAUACUAUUAUUGUCAUAACAAGUUUCAUGAUGAAUCUGGUGUCACUAAUUACAUCACUGCUGAGUGGUAAAGGCUCCCUGUAUAAUUUCAUUCCUAAAAAUAAAUGAACGCAACUAAAAUGUUAGUCUGUGAGGAAUACAUAUUAACACCACAGCAACUGAACAUUUCUAAGACAAAAAAUUCACUAACCCAUCUCUGUAAAAGAAGGAUUUAUCAGGUUUCUUUGAC